ACAAGUAAUCUCCGAUUCCCCAGAGACAAGGGGGGAGAGAGCGGUUUGCAAAGGCGUUGCUUUUCCUCUCCAUUUCUUCUUCUCUCUCCUCUGCAUGGGUCGGGAGUCGGGGUGUGGUGUCGGGGAUGGGAGAUUGAACAGAUCCCUGAUUCUGAUCCCACCAACCCAACCCAUAAUCUCCAGCUCACAUAAAUCCAUGUCGGCACCCUUAAUUGCAUAGACAUAUCUCUGCAUCAAUCUGUUUCCCUUGAUGUCAAUCCUACACUGUACACUCUGUCUCCAUCCCUAGAAUCUCUCUCUCUCUCUCUCUAUCUUGUUAUUGGGUAAGCUCUGUUUUGCAUUCAUCUGUUGAUUCCUUUGGGUUGUCAUCGCUUGCCCAUGUCCUUGAGGUGAUGGAAUCAAUUGAGCUUUUCACGCGGUUGGUUCUGUUCUAUGGAGUUUGAUUGAUCCUCUGCAUGUGAAAAUUUGGCGGGCAAGAUAUCAACUUUUUUUUGGGGAAAUGGAGUGUGAGUUGGGAAUUUAGAUGUUCUGGUGCUGACGGCCUCUCAGUUGAUCGGAUUGUGGCUCUGAGGGUCUUUUGAGUUCUUCAAUGGCUUCGCCUGGGUUUUUCUUGAUCUGUGUCCUCCAUUCUUUGGUGGCGAUUGCCAGCGGGGCCUUGAUGAUGUUCUACUCGUCCGAGGUCUCCGUGAUCAAGGUCCGGGGAUCGACCCUCCACGACCAGCUCCUGAUCCGGACCUCCGAUUCCUUCUCGGGCCUGCUCCUGGUGGCCAUCGGGUUCUUGCUGAUCAUGGUGGGGUUCGUCAAGGACAGAGGCUUCCAGGGCUUCUUUGCGAGGGGCUGCGUGGUCCUCCACCUAGCGACGGCGGUCUGGAGGUUUUACUUUGAGAAGAAGCUCGAGGACCUCGACCGGGAAUGGCCCAAGAAGGUCCUCGGGGACAUUGCUUUGGCUGCUUCCUGGAUCUUCUUCCUGGUGUAUUCGUGGAGGGAGAAGUACGAUUGAUAGGAAGAUUGGAUUGCCAGAUGGGGCGACCCGGAAACUCCUAGGAAGGGAUCGUGGAGGGAAGCAAGCCGUGAAAUGCUAUUCAAGAGCUGGAACUGUUAUAAAUUCCGGGCAAUACCAGUCGAGAAGACGCGACGCCGGGAGUAGAGUUUUUCUCGAUUGGCCUGCUUUCUUAUUGAUUCUGUGUUGAGAUUUUGGUUGUGGCCCAGUUCCUAGGAAGAGAGUGGAGAUAUCGAAUUGGAGUGGGUUUAUCGACCCCAGUUCCUUCAAGGAUAUGUUACUUACCUGUAGAACAGUUUGAAUGUAAAUUGAUCUUUUCAUGUUACACCCCUGAGAAUGGAUGCAAAUGGCUCAGUUUCCAGCAGUUUUCUCUUUA